AAACAGAAACCGCAAGUACGUACUGUACUUUGUUCCUUGCGAGCUACGAUCGUCGAUCCAGAUGUGUGUGUUGUGUUUGUCAACGACGAUCGACUCAUCUCUGUUGGAUCGAUGGCAAUAUAAAUCCACUACUGCAGUACUAGCCAGCUACCUAGCUAUAGCCAAGAACUCUAUCUAGCUAGAGACGAUGGCCAGCGUCGUCGCAGCAGCAAGAGCGGCGGCGGCAGUGGUGCUGCUCCUGGCUGUGUCGACGACGGCGCCGUCAGCGGAUGCCCACGUGGUGAUCGGCGCGUACAACAAGACGUGCCCGCAGGCGGAGGACGUGGUGCUCAAGGAGAUGACGGCCAUCGUGGCCAAGUCGCCGGACCUCGCGGGCGCCGUGCUCCGCCUCUUCUCCGUCGACUGCUUCGUGGGUGGCUGCGAGGGCUCCAUCCUGCUCGACUCCACCGCCGGCAACACCGCCGAGAAGGACGCGGCACUGAACCAGGGCGUCCGCGGGUACGAGGUGGUGGACGCCAUCAAGGCUAGGCUCGACGCCGCCUGCCCCGGCGUCGUCUCCUGCGCUGACACGCUCGCGCUCGCCGCGCGUGACUCCGUCAGGCUGACGAAAGGCCCGUUCAUCCCGCUCCCGACUGGCCGGAGGGACGGCAACAGGUCGGUGGCCGCCGACGUCGCCCUGAACUCGCCGCCGCCGGACGCCAACAUCACCGAUAUCAUCGCCCUGUUUGCUAAAAAGUUCAACCUCACCGCCAAGGACGUCGCCGUCCUCUCCGGCGCACACACAAUCGGGAAGGCGCGGUGCUCCACGGUGUCGCCGCGGCUGUACAACUUCGGCGGGCAGAACGGCGCGUCCGACCCCACGCUGGACGCCAACUACACGGCCACCCUUCGCGGCCAGUGCAAGCCCGGCGACAACGCCACCCUCGUCUACCUCGACCCUCCCACGCCCACCACCUUCGACGCCGACUACUACACCCUCGUCGCCGGCAACAAGGGCCUGCUCUCCACAGACGCCGCCCUCCUCCUCGACACCACCACUAGCGCCUACGUCGCGAGCCAGGCCAACGCCACCGCGCCGGCGACCGAGUUCUUCGCCGACUUCGCCACGUCCUUCGUCGCCAUGAGCAAGCUGGGCGCGCUCACGCACCACAAUGGAGAGAUCAGGCAGGUCUGCUCCAAGGUCAACCCGCCGACGUCGUCCCAGCUGUCCAACGCAGCCGCCGUCCCCGGUGGGUUGGCAGUGUCACUCGCUCUAGCUGUGGUGGCUCUCGUGCUAAAGCUCUGAGUCUGACAGCUGACAGCCAGCGCCUGUUUAUUAUGAUUUGUUCCAGUUUGGUGAUUCAAUUUCAAUUUCCUCUGAUUUGUGUUUGCGUGGCUUCAUGUGCUGUGUUAGUUUCAUCCAUGAUUUCGCAUGGAAUUUGCUUUGCAAGGUUUCUCACUCGUGAAUUGCAUUAUUGGGCAAGUCCAGUCGUGAUCGUGAUUUAUCCUGAAAUAAAAGGGGCAAUUCGGUGUACGCAA